AUGUUACACGCCCGAGCCGGUGGGCUGACUAUCAAUUCAGUUUUGCCAAACUCAGCGUACGACCCGACAUCGGCAUUCGUGUCGCCGCCGUACUCUGCUGAUAUCGUCUCAGCCACCACGCCUUCUCCCGUUGCCCAGAAUCAGCCCAAGGACGCCAACCGUCACGAUGACAAAGACUCCGGCGCACCUAGCAGGCCCUACAUACGAAGCCCGUUCGAAGACUGCCGCGAGGCAUUCGCUUUCGGCACCUUCAAGUCUCUGGAGUUCCAGCGACCUAACGAUGGAUUUGUCAACGGCUAUGUCAAAGUUCGGUGGCCUGACAAAACCGGUCAGCGACAGCUGAAGACGGCCCGCAUGGCUGUAUCCAUGAACGCCAGCACUUCCUUCUCCUCCGACACAGUGGUCAUCCCCGUCAACCCAAAUGUCUCGUUCUCACCCGAUGUCGUCAUGUGGGACAAUCCUCCGUCCUCUGCCAACGGAGCCGUGGUCAGCUCCCGCGCAGACACCUCACCUUCAGAUACCCCGCUCCAAUCGCAAACGUCGUCCAGAUUCUCCUUCGUCGAUGGUACCAGCUUCCCAAUGUCGCAGGAGUGGACUCCGGCCUUCCCCUCGGUUCCUCCAUCCCAAGCUGUGCCUGGAUCUAACUCCGCGACCGCCAUGGUGCCAGCCGCCACGCCACGCAUGGUGCCUCCCCAGUUUGGGUUUCAGGCGAAGAUGGAGUCUAAUACAGACAGGAAGUUUUGGGACUUUUACAUUCAAAAUUGGUGCCCGGGGAGAAGUAUUCUUCAAGGAACGAAUCUAUGGUUGAAUGACUUUGCCAAGAUGCACGAGCACGACGGGAUUCGUUGCGCAAUCCAGAGUCUGGCGGGUGUCUAUAUCUAUGACUACGUACCGCAGGCCUCGGUCCGUAAGCGUAUCAACGAACUCUUCAAGGUUGCGGAGGCCCGCAUGACGGCACUUCUCAACGACCCGGAUAUCAUGCAGGACGACAAGGCUAGCGAGCUUAUCACUAUCACGAUCGUUCUCACGGAGCGGAGGCGCCCGAAGCCCCAUUUGCCACGGUGGCUGGAGGGCUUCCUGCGAUGCGAAUUCGCCUUGCAGAUGACGGAUCCGGGGUCGCGGUUUUGGCAACCCAACAACGUGCAACUCACCUCACUGCGUAUAUCACAAUCCAUCAUUGUGGGUCGAGCUGUCAUCUUGGCUCAACCUAUGAUGCCUCUCCCGGAGCCCGGCGAUUUCGAUCCCAGGCGUGAGGCCAAACGAUUCGGCUGGCUGCUGUAUGGCACUGAGAAGGAAAUGUACGAGAUCCACGGAGGCUGUGGCUUCUCGAAACGGCUACUAUACGUCCUGAGCCAAGUGACUUCCUGUGCGUCCCGACUCAUGCAGGAGAGCGAAAGUCCAAUUGCUCCCGUGACGGCCGAGUUCCUUCUCAAGGAGCUAGACGGCAUGCGGCAAUGGAGCAAUGAAUCCCAGUCGUGGGAGAUUGCCAGAGCCAGUUUACAGACGAUAGAAUGGGUGCGAUCCCUGCCAGCAGGUUUCAUCAUCAACAGCUCGAGUAGCAUGACUGAUGUGACUGCCGAGGCUUGGAGGGUGGCGGCCAUCAUAUACCUGCAGUGUCGCGCCAUGAGGUAUGACGACGCCGGAGAUUCCACCACGGCCAACCCGCUCCGGUGGUCUUUGAAAGCCUUGGUACUGGAAGCUGACAGAACAACGACUAGGUUGCCGCGCAACCAUCCCGAAGUCUUGGGCAACUUGCACGACCUCGCUCAAUGCAUCCGUAUCAUGCCGACGUCGGGCUCCCACUUCACUGCGCAGGCGCCACUGUUCCCUGUAUUCCUUCUGGGGCUGCUUGGGACGGACCCGCAACACGUGGCAGUAUCACGGAAUUGGUUCGAGCAGGUGGUCAUCACACCCGUUCGCAGUAGCGUUCCACCUCUCUGGUCAGCACUCCAACGUAUCUGGGAGUGGAUGCCCACAGAAAUCCCGAUUGACUACGCAGACUUGCCCAAGGCCAUUGGCAAGAGAACACCCUGGUGGGAACAUCUCGUGGCGCGCGUACAUGAGAAAGAAGCAGAAACGCUAUGCUUGACAUAG